UCUCUGCCCAGGAAAUGAACAUUAUCCAUUUACACACAGACAUGGCAAUCUUAAACAAGCAAAAUGGGAGAAUUUAGAAUUCUACCAAGAAUAUUUAGUAAGUGGACACAGAGAACUCUGGGAAGCAGUGACGUGAGGGUCCCAUGGCCUCUGUCCCUGAUGACCCAGUUAUUAUUUGAUUUAUGUGGACUUGCAGCUGCCCUUGCUGCGACCCCAGGAAAGGCUGUGUGGGAAGUUUGUGUCUCUGAGUGCAGCAUUGCUCUGCGCAGUGUCUGGAGCCUUGUGUAUGCUCAGAAACUGAUAAAUACGGAAAAGGCCCUGUUUGCUCCAGCUGGACUCAGACUCGGAGCAGCGCUGCAGCUCCACGGACUCAGCUCUGGGAGCCAGAAAUUCUGCAACUACCGUUGCCCUCUGAAAGUCUAUGACAUAGCAAGUGAAAGAAACAGCACAGCUGGGAGCAGAACAUGGCAAAUACAUUUGUCACUGUACCGGAUGGGUAUUGCCUGCCUGAGCCCAUCCAGUAUUAUGAUGUUCUGCCAGAGCACAUCAACUAUCAGCUGCAAGACACUGAUUUUCAGACUGCUCCUUAUUGCCAAUAUUCAACAGCUCAAAUUCCUCCUCCGGUAUUACAGUCCCAACCUUCCCACUCCCAGUACAGCAUGUACAGCCUGGACUCUCAGUAUAGUGAUGGGCAGUGUGUCAUCAGCAGCUGUGAAUUAAGCAAACCCCCUUUCAUAGCAUCCCAUAUGGAUGAUGGAUGUGGAUACCAAGCAUUAAAACGGCCAAGAUUAAACCACUCUUCUUUGAGCAUGAAGGGACAGGAGGAGCUGUGUGUGGUGUGUGGUGACAAGGCCUCAGGCUAUCACUACAAUGCACUUACCUGUGAAGGCUGCAAAGGCUUCUUUCGACGUAGCAUAACCAAAAAUGCAGUGUAUCGAUGCAAGAAUGGUGGUCACUGUGAAAUGGACAUGUACAUGCGAAGGAAGUGUCAGGAAUGUCGCCUGAAGAAGUGUAAAGCUGUGGGAAUGCUAGCAGAAUGUUUGCUGACUGAAGUACAGUGCAAGUCAAAGCGGCUCAGAAAGAAUUUCAAACAGAAGAGCAGUUUUCUUUACAAUAUAAAGCUGGAAGAUGAGGGGCUGAAUAGUAGACAUGUAUCAUCUACAACAAGAUCUGGAAAAAUCCCAGAGAAGAUGGAACUUACUCCAAGGGAGCAUCAGCUUCUGGACCACAUCGUAGCAGCACACCAAAAAUACACAAUUCCCCUGGAGGAAGCAAAGAAGUUUCUGCAGGAAACUGCAAGUCCUGAGGAAAGUUUUCUCUAUCUCUCUGAGACAGCAGUCAUCCAUGUACAAGUGCUAGUGGAUUUCACAAAAAGACUUCCAGGAUUUGAAAGUUUAGCUAGUGAAGAUCAGAUUGCACUGCUAAAAGGGUCAACAGUUGAGGCGAUGUUUUUGCGUUCAGCCCAAAUAUACAACCAAAGAAUCAGUGAAUGCCAACCAUCAACAAGUGAAAGUCACGUAAGGCUUUCUGAUCAUGCAACAUACUGUCACAUUCAAAACCUUGAUAGAAACAACAUUUACUCCACGGAAAUGUCUCACAGUGAAGAGAGUCCAACUUCCACUACUACCACAGGUAUAACCGAGGAGUUUAUUACCGCGCUGUUUUACUUCUACAGAAGCAUGGGUGACCUGAAAGUGACCGAGACCGAAUAUGCCCUGCUCGUAGCAACGACGGUGUUCUUUUCAGACCGCCCGCUCCUGAGGAACAAGCGGCACGUCGAAGAGCUGCAGGAGCCGCUCCUGGGCCUCCUCUACAAGUACUCCAAGAUCCAUCAUCCCGAGGACCCCCAGCAUUUCGCCCGCCUGAUCGGCCGCCUCACAGAACUACGCACCCUCAACCACACCCACGCGGAGGUGCUGGUGACGCGGAGAACCAGGGACCCGCGGCUGACCCCGCUGCUCUGCGAGGUCUGGGACCUGCACUAGGCGAGCCCGUACGGGACCCGCGCCGCUCCCCUCAGGAUCGCUCCUCACGGGCACUGCUCUGCCUGGAGCCGC